UCGAUUAAUCGAUGGCUAUGCGGGAUUUUUGCAACACUGUUAGCGCCUGACUUGGGCGCAUACCAGGGCGCGCCUCUCUCUCUCAUUAAAUCACUACCCAAUAAAAAGAAGAAGCACACAUAUAGUUGAUUGGACACGCAAACGGCAAACCAUUAUAGGUUGCAUGCGAAGCUCCAUCUGCAGCAGAAGAGAAGAGAUUCUUAUCCCUCUCAGUUUAAGCAGAAAUCAGACCAAAACCCAAAAGCAGAGAUAUGGAGGAAGUGAUUCAAGUCCCAAAGGCGAAGCUUAAUUCCGGUCACCAAAUGCCCCUUUUAGCCCUGGGAACUUGUUCUUCCUCACCUCAAAAUCCAGACCAGUUGACAUCAAUCCUUAUUCGCGCCAUAGAGAUGGGCUACCGUCACUUCGACACCGCCGUCGUGUACGGCUCCGAGGAGGCCCUGGGCCGGGCCGUAGCCGCCGCCGUCGAGCGUGGAGUUGUUGCGAGCCGUGAUGAGCUUUUCAUCACUACUAAGCUGUGGUGCACAGAGACUGAACAUCAUCUUGUUGUUCCUGCCCUCAAGAGAUCGCUUGGGAGGCUGGGACUAGAUUAUGUGGAUUUAUAUCUAAUACAUCUUCCGUUCAGAGCAAAGGAUAGUGUUGAGGACUUGCACUUCAAAACAGAAAAUGUUGUUCCUUUUGACAUGAAAGGAACAUGGGAAGGAAUGGAAAAUUGUUGCAAAUUAGGUUUGGCCAAGUCUAUUGGUGUUUCUAAUUUUACUUCAAAGAAGAUUUCACAACUUCUUCAGAAUGCUACCAUUCCUCCCGCGGUUAAUCUGGUGGAGAUGAGUGUUGCAUGGCAGCAAUCUAAACUCUUAGAGUUUUGUAGAGAAAAAGGAGUUAAGGUUAGUGCAUGGAGUCCUCUAGGAGCUAAUGGUGCCAUGUGGGGCAACCCUGGGUUAUUGGAGAUCCCACAACUUAAAGAUAUUGCAUUGGCUAAGCACAAGACCACUGCACAGGUUGCAUUGAGGUGGGUAUAUCAACAAGGAGCAUGUGUAGUAAUUGUGACGAGUUUUAACAAUGAAAGGAUGAAAGCAAAUCUUCAAAUCUUUAAUUGGGAACUUGAAGAAGAUGAAAUUGCUAAGAUUCAACAAAUACCUCAGCGAAGAGGAUUUAAAGGAGCUGAGUUUGUUCAUUCGAAUGGUCCAUACAAAUCUGUGGAGGAAUUAUGGGAUGGAGACAUCUAAAAAAUCAAUUCUCUAAAUCGUUACCAACCAUGGCUCAGCGUGCAUGUAGAAGUUAUCUGAAUUGUCCACGGGAUCCUUAUCUUACUGAAAUUAUGGCUGUGAAGGAAGCUUUUACUUGCCUUUAAGAGUCUUAAUGUUGUUAAUGUGAUAGUUGAGUCAGAUUGUUUGAAUUUUUGUACCAAUUUUAAUUCUUCUUGUCAAGACUUUUCAUAUGUUGGUCAUUUAAUUAGUCAUUGUCGUUUACUUGCUAGUGAUUGUGGGAACAUUAUGGUUCGUCAUGUUAAAAAGUCAGCGAAUCGCGCAGAGCUUGCACGGCGCGACGGGUUCUCUUCCCUUUCAUUGUUGAGUGGA